CCUUCGCGCACCGCGAUGACGUCAUGCAGCCUACAAAUGCGCACUUUUAGGAUACAGGCACCGAAAUCAAACAGCCGUAGUUGAAAUACAAAGCAGCGAUGCAUUUUGGGUAUUUGAGGCUAGUCGUCACAUGUUGAAUGCAGCAUGGCAGCGAAACAGAAAAGAAAACUAGAAGAUCUCAAUUUGGAUGAGUUCCUGCAGUCAGGCUGGGACUCUGAGGAGGGUGAAGUGGACACUGAAGACGAGAUCCCCCAACAAAAUGGACCCAAGAAAAAGAACAACCAGAAAGAGCUCAAUAGGGGCGAAGCAAAGCAUGGCCGAGCGUCCCAGCACAAGGAGCAGCUGUCCAGAUUAAAGAGCAAAGAUCCUGAGUUCUUCAAGUUCCUGCAAGACAACGACCAGACUCUUCUAAAUUUUGAUGACACUGAUAGCUCUGAGGAUGAGGAACAGUACCAUAGUCUACCAUCCAUGCUGGAGGAGGCCGAUGAUGAAGACGAUGAGGGGGAUCAACAAAGUUCUAAGAAAUUAAAGAAAACAGAUGAGGCCAUUAAAGUCACAGAAAAAAUGAUUGAAGCCUGGGAAGCUUCUUUAAAGAAGGAACCUUCGCCUCGUCUCUUCAGAGACAUCACUCAGGCUUUCAAGGCGGCUGUUGCUACAACGAAGGGAGAAGGGGUUACCCAGUGUCGAUACAAGGUGGCUGACAGUUCAGUGUUUAAUUCCUUAGUCCUCUUCUGCAUCCGAGACAUCUACAGUGCCUUGCAGCGGAUGCUCGCCUUGAAGACUGACAAAGACCAGAAGAAGCUGGUGCUCCCGUCAUCUAGUAAGAAAUGGCAGAAGAAUCAAAUCGACAUCAAGAUGUAUCUCGGCGGUGUAGUUCAGUUGUUAUCCUGUCUGACAGAGGCUACAGUCAUCAGCGCUGUCCUGCGCCACGCCAACCAGCUUGUAGCGUAUUACCUUUGUCUUCCUAAACAGUGUCGGCACCUGAUUAAGCAAUUGAUGAAGCAGUGGAGUACUGGGGAUGAGACAUGUCGGGUUCUUGCCUUCCUGGCCCUUAACAAAAUCUGCAGACACAAGCAGGAAGUGUAUCUCGUCCCCAUUGUGAAGCAAAUGUACAUUUCCUAUGUACAAAACUGCAAGUUCACAUCUCCCAAUGUGCUGCCAACGAUCAACUUCAUGCAGCGCACGCUAACAGAGAUGUACUCCCUGGACACGCAGGCCACUUACCAGCAUGCCUUCAUUUACAUCCGACAGCUGGCCAUCCAUCUCAGGAAUGCUAUGACCAUGAAGAAAAAGGAAACGUACCAGUCGGUGUAUAACUGGCAGUACAUCCACUGUCUGUAUUUGUGGUGUCGGGUACUUAGCACCCUGCACUUUAGUGACGUUCUCCAGCCGCUCAUCUAUCCUCUGUGCCAAGUCAUCAUUGGUACCAUCAAGCUGGUGCCCACAUCAAGGUACUAUCCUCUGAGGAUGCACUGUUGCAGAGCCCUCACCCAGCUCUCUAGCAGCACCAACACAUUUGUCCCAGUUCUCCCUUUUCUCUUAGAGAUCUUCCAGCAAGUGGACUUCAACAAGAAACCAGGACGGAUGAGCAAGAAGCCCAUCAACUUUGCAGUCAUCUUGAAGCUGAACAACAUCAACCUCAUCGAGAAAGCAUACAAGGAUGGCUUGAUUGACCAACUCUAUGACUUGAUGCUGGAAUAUUUCCACACUCAGUCCAACUCCAUCGGUUUCCCAGAGCUUGCCCUGCCCACUAUCCUUCAGCUGAAAACGUUCCUGAAAGAAUGCAAAGUGGCCAAUUACUGCAAGCCUGUGCGACAACUCCUUGAAAAGCUGCAGGAGAACAGCAACUACAUCACAGGGCGGCGACAGAGCGCUACCUUUGGAGUGGCCGAUAAUGCCGCUGUGGUAGCCUGGGAGAAAGAGAUGCUUCAGGAGGGGACUCCUCUCAGCAAGUACUACACCCAGUGGAAGAAAUUGAGGGAGAAGGAGAUUCAGUUGGAGAUCUCUGGCAAGGAAAGGAUGGAAGAUCUGAACUUCCCAGAGAUCAAGCGUAGGAAGAUUCAGGAGAAGAAAGCAGAAGACAAGAAAGAGUUUCUGACUUUGUUUGAGUCUGAUUCAGAGGAUGAUGAUGAUGACACUGGACUCAAAAUCAAACAUAAGGGUAGCCUGGGCUCUGAUGAUGAUGAUGAUGAUGAUGAUCUUGGAGACCUGUCUGACAUGAGUGAUGAUGGAGACUCAGCUGAUGAGGAGGCGGCGGGAGACGACCAGGCCUCCAAGGCUCCUCAGCCGCUGUCAUCCUCCGCUCUGAUCAAGCUUGCGGAAGGGGGCGAGGAUUUGGUGGAGGACUUGGAGCUGUCCGAUGACGACUGAGACUCUUGAUUAUUCUUAUUUUUUUCCAGACUAAAAUGCAAUAAGCACGUUUUAUCUGGCCGCGUCUGUGCGCUCCAAUUGUCCUUGGUGUCUGUAUUCUCCUGUGGUUUGAUAAAGCAUCAGAGGCCAUCAACAA